CUCGAUCAAAAAAUUUAUGUGCGGGCGGAGAUUAGAGAGUCCCAAAUAAAAGGUCUCGAAGGACCUUAUCCUCCGAGAAGAAGCUGAAGCUCAGCCAUGGCGUCGCUGAUAGCAAGGGCAUUUCCAAUGACACCCCAAUCGCUCACCACUAAUUCUCGCUUCUCGUUUUCUCAAUCUGAAACCCUGGGGAUUUCUCUCUCCUAUUCAACUCCUUCCCUUUCACUCUCUGCCACCACUUCCUCUUCGCCAAUCCCAUUCGUGUAUUGUGGCAGAGGCGACAAGAAGACUGCUAAAGGGAAGCGAUUCAAUCACUCAUUUGGCAAUGCGAGGCCACGGAACAAGAAGAAAGGUAGAGGACCACCCAGGAUAGCAGUACCUUCUUCUCCACAGAAAAAAGAUAGCUUUGAAGACGAUACGGUUGUCAAGAUUGAAAUCGACGAGUCUCUGAGUUAAAUUUGAUGCCAUAUGCUUCACUCUUGUAGUUUCUAAACCUUGAAUUUGAUUUUCAUCUCAUCUUUCUUUUCUAUUAUGAUUAUGUACUGUAUGUGUUCCCUCUCUAAUUGCUAGAAUUUCCAUCAAUUUGCAUGUUUUUGAA